GUCGCGACCCGCACUCGCACACCAGCACACCGCGCGCGCACCAAUCCGGCCGCUUCCUCGCACGCGGCACGCAGGCACGCGCGCAGUCGCAUGGUGAUUGGUCGCUUGGAGAGCCGGUUUCUGGUUGGUUGCUCAGCUCUCAUCAAGCAGCAACCAGCUAGGUAGCCAACGAGCACGAGAGCGCGACGACCUGAGGGCGCCUACCUAACCUAGCUAUCUGCCGGGUCGCCCUACGUGUGCUGCGGUACGGUGAGGGUGGGCGCCGCGCGCACCGCAUGAACCCGCCGCCGCACGAGCGCGGCGGCCGCUCGCGCUAUGGCCCGGCGUCGGCGCAGCAGCAGCACUACCCGUUCGUCGUAGUUGACCCCACGGAGGCGGCGGGGGCGGCGGCAGUGAGGGCCUUCUUCCCGGCGCCGGGGGCCGGGGAACCGCCGCCGUCGUCAUCGUCCGCCGCGGUGCGGGCGCUGCCGACGGCGAUGCACCAGGGACACGGGUACGGCGGCGGGGCCCCCGAGAUCUCGCUGGCGCACGGCGCCCAUGGCCACCACCACCACCACGGGAUCCAUCACCGGUACCAUCAGUUCGGCGUGGAGGGGAGGCAGGACGGCGGCCCGUCGUCGUCGGCGUCGCUGCCGCCGCAUAGCAGCUCGCCGCCGGGCUUCUUCUCCAGCCCCGUCAUGGAUAACGGUUUUCCAAGUGAUAGGGUUGAAGUUGGUGGUGAGGUUCACCAUGCAACGAGGGACUAUCACAAGAAGAUGAAGUCCCCCCUGAACUUGUCCAAACAAGGAGCCCUCUCUCAAUUCUCUGAGCAUGGAUUUUCGGAUGAUCUCACCAAUAAUGUGCAUGGAAUUGGACACUCCAAAGAGAACAUCACCACCAACAACGUGUCACGUCCCUUCACAAGUGGGUUCUCAAUUGGAUCAUGGGAGGAUUCAAAUUCUAUUGAGUUUUCCAACCUAGCAAACAAAACAGGAAUACACAAUAAUGAUGACAUCAUAGACAAUAUUAGUAACUCUUAUGAACUACAGUUUGGUGUGGCAAAGGAAAUGGCAGGCCUACUACAGAUGCAACAAGACCAGGUUCCAUUUAGAGUACGAGCAAAGCGUGGAUGUGCCACACAUCCUAGGAGCAUCGCAGAGCGAGAGCGAAGAACGAGGAUCAGCGAGAAGCUCAGGAAGUUGCAGGCCCUUGUGCCUAACAUGGACAAGCAAACUAGCACAGCGGACAUGCUGGAUUUAGCAGUUGAUCACAUCAGAGGACUCCAGAACGAGCUGCAGGUAUAUGCUCUCAAGAAAGACAAGGAGAAGUGCAGCUGCCGCGGCAAUCGUCCAGCGGGGAGAUAACGCACGUACGUAGGCUAAAAACAAUGGGUUCUCGGCAACACAUUAUAGAACGGCAUUGCAGACAUUGUUGUCAGACAGCAGCAUCAGAAGGUGGCUGCUGUGGCAUAUUGGCUUCAGCAGACCGGUCGAGAUAUUUCAUAUUCGUUAAAAACUUAGUAUUUUAGUUUGUUCGAUGGUUUUAAUUCGUACCGUCUUCUACUACUUUUACAAUAUUUUGUCUAUAUAUUGCAGCUGUAGCCAGUCCCAAUAGCUGCCUUUAAUCCGAAACAAACAGCCGUGUUUCAAGCAGUAGGGGGGAAACGAAAUGAAGUAUUGGUAUUGCAUUCGAAGAACACUGACGGCUAGCAGUAGCUUAGGCCCUCCACGUACCACUGCACCAGGGGGCUGAGUUAGAAAUUUAGAAGCACAGCUAGCAACCGAAUAGCACCCAUUGAAUUCCAAGCAUCCUAUCCUAUUCGUCCCGCAAGAGGACGGGAGAGGAUCAGAGAGGCCCUUCCCAAAUUUAGCAGGACCAGCGCACGAGACUUCCGGACCCAGGACGACGACAAUGCAUCAUCCAUGGCAAUGGCAGCCUCCCCAACCGUCUGGCCGCCAUUCGUGUGGCCCAACGCCGUUUCGCGUGCCUCUCAGGCAGCAUGCCAAGGGUAGGCGAAGGGCACGGCCAUGGAUACAUUCAAGUCUCCUCUUUCAGCGCCAAGCCGCCAAGGUUUGCCUCAGGUGAGCUUUGACAAAAAGAAGACCAUGGAGAGAAUUGGGGUAGACGGGGACUUUAUUGUCGCCGGCAAUUGGAAGCUACAUGGAGCACUAUGCAAUGAACUUUACACAGUAAUCCGUGAAGUUUUGGAUACCAUUCCUCCCUUUGAGACUACAAGCUCAGGAUGCAGUCCUGGGCUCCUGGCAUUGAGUUCCUUGAGGAUAGCUGUUGAGAAAUCCAAGAAUUUACUCCAGUAUUGCUCAGAGACUAGCAAGUUUUACUUGGCUGUUACAGCAGAACACGUUCUAACAAAAUUUGAGAAUUCAAGACAAGGACUUCUGGAAAGCCUUCAUCAAGUGGAAGAAACAAUUCCGGAAGCAGUCGGUUCUCAGAUCACAUUGAUUGCACAAGAACUGGAAAAGGCUGCUUUCGUUUUGGAUCAGUCUGAAAAGGAAGUUGGUGAUGAGGUGAAUCAACUAAUUCAGAACGAGUCAAAAUCCAAUGGGUUUCUUGAUGAGAAUGAGCUUGAAUUGCUCCACCAAAUUGCUGUCCGGGUUGGUAUUACAUCAUCCGUGGCAGCUCUCACCGAAAGAAGAGCACUUAGGAGGCUUCUUGAGAGAGCCCAUGCAGAGGAGGACUUGAAAAAGGAAUCGAUUGCAGCCUGCCUACUCCAACUUAUUAGGAAAUACUCCAACAUAUUUAAGAGUGAAACAACCGAUAGCACCAACUCUUUGUGCUCAAGCACUCCUUGCUCCUCCAGAUCGAAUUCUGGCUUGAUUGGUAUGCAUCGUUCACUUUCCAGCUCAACUGAUCUCUACGGAAACUGUCAGAGUCUCGAGAAGCAACUCCCAAAGGUUGGCUCCUUCAGUUCGAAGCAGAUGAAAGGGUUAUCAAGGAGCAUGCCCUUGCCACCUGAGGAGCUGAGGUGCCCAAUCUCCCUGCAGCUCAUCUAUGACCCUGUUGUUAUUACAUCCGGCCAGACAUAUGAACGAGCUUGCAUCGAGAAGUGGUUCGACAGUGGCAACACAACCUGCCCGAAAACUCGCAAGCAGUUGUCCCAGCUCUUGAGGACGCCUAAUUACUGCAUUAAGGGUCUGAUAGCAUCUUGGUGUGAACAGAACGGGGUUCCUGCUCCAUCUGGACCGCCAGAAUCUCCCGAGCUAGACCACAUGAGAAUUUCAUGCCUGGAAAGCAGCACAUGUGUGGGGACUGAUGGCGCUAACACUGUUUUGUUCGAAGAGACAGCUGCCAAGGAUGAUGCCAAGUCGGACAUGGAGAUAUUCUCUCGUCAGAACUCCGGAGAGGCCACAUCCAAACUACGUGUAGAUGAGGUCUCACCGGAGAACUGCUUUACUCUUCAGAGCUCCAAGGAGGCUGCACCUGAGACAUGUGGGGUUGUAGACUCUCUAGACAAGGGCAAGGGCUCUCACCAAGACUCCAAAGAUGAUGUGCCUGUUAGUGAAAGAUGUGAACAGUGGCUCCAUGUGCUGAACAAGAACGAUGCUGAGAGCAUGAGUGAGAGACUUAAGUUGGUCGAGCAGAUCAGGAUCCUGUUGAAGAACGACGACGAACUUCGCGACUACGCAGGUGCUAAUGGUAUUACUGAGCCACUAAUCCAUUUUCUGAAGAUGGCUAUCUACAGAGGAGAUGUGCGAUCUCAGGAGGUUGCUACAAUGGCUCUGUUCAAUUUUGCUGUCAACAAUGACCGGAACAAGAGGCUGCUGCUGUCAGCUGGAGUCAUCCCCUUGAUCGAGCAGAUGAUACAGGAACGGGAAACCUGCGAGGCUGCCAUCGCAAUGUACCUGAACCUCUCCUGCAUCCCCGAGGCGCAGGCGAUCAUCGGUUCGAGCGUCGCUAUUCCUUUCCUCGUCAAUGGCCUGGGGGAAGGUGGCUCCCGGAGCGACACGUGCCGCCUGGACGCGCUGCUCACCCUGUACAAUCUCUCCCUGCACGCGCCCAACAUCCCGUCCCUCAUGGCGUCCGGCAUCAUCGAGGGCCUCCGGGGAGUGCUGACGCCGUCGUCCCCGUGGACGGACAAGGCCCUCGCGGUGCUGCUGAACCUGGCGAUGACCCGGAGGGGCAAGGAAGAGAUCGCGGCCAGCGCGGCCAUGGUGGGCGCCAUCGUGCUCAUCCUGGACAACGGUGAGCCGGGGGAGAAGGAGAAGGCCGUGUCGUGUCUGUACGUGAUCUGCAGCGGCGACGAUGGCAGCAGCCAGACGGUGCUCCAGGAGGGCGUGAUCCCGGCGCUGGUGUCCGUGACGGCCAACGGCACGGCCAGGGCCCGGGACAAGGCGCAGCGGCUGCUGAGGCUGUUCCGGGAACAGCGGCAGCGGGAGUUGGAGCUGGAGGAGAUGCAGCCGCGGGUGGAGCUGCACGAGGUGGCGAGCCAGGCGGCCGCGCGGCAGGAGGAGGAGGAAGAAGAAGAGGAAGAGAUGGCGCUGGCCGUUACGCCGGCCGCCGCGGCCAGUAAGCCGAGAGGCGGCGGCAAGAAGCCGCGGUUGCGCAGGUCAGGCUCCAGGAGGUUCACCAAGGCCUUCACGUGCCUGCUCAAGAAGUGGAGCCUGCGCUGAGCACUGAGCUGAGAAGGAUCGGCCAGUCCGCCGGUGUAAGUGUAACUGACCUGUCUUCAAACUGUAGCGACGUCAUUGUCCGUCUUUGUCCCUUUGACAAGCGUGUUGCGUUCUACUACUCAUUAGUGGUUUCUUGAAAUGAGCAUGAGCAAACGAAAGCAUACCGAUCAAUUCCGUUCAAAUUAGGCAUGAGUAGAACGAAUAAAUGACGAAACGCUCUCUAUGACAACCACGCCUACAAGAAGAGCAUCGGACUAUUUAUCCAAAAUAUUAUACUCCGUUCUUUUUUAUUUAUCACGAUUUAGUUCAAAAAAUAAACUAGCGAAC